CGCGCUGGGUAAUGACGUUCCUCGCACAGUGACAGCCGAGAGCGGAGAGUGUCCGACACUGCGGGGUCUGUGUGUGUCUAUGGAGACCCCUCUGAGUGUCAUCACACGGCCUGCCAGAGGACCCGUCGUUGUAAACGAGACCUGAAUUGUGCGGGAAAGUAUCUCCGCCCCGCCCCAGCGAUGGGCCACCAGCUGUCCAGCCAGGGGGCCAUCAACAAACUUCCCGAGAAGGUCGCCAAGCACGUGACCCUGGUGCGUGAGAGCGGCUUCCUGACGUACGAGGAGUUCCUGGGGCGAGUCGCUGAGCUCAACGAUGUGACGGCGAGGUUGGCAUCAGGACAGGACAAACAUCUCCUGUUUGAAGUGCAGCCAGGAUCGGACACGUCUGCUCUGUGGAAAGUUGUUGUUCGUGUUUUGUGUACGAAGAUUAAUAAAACCAGCGGCAUUGUGGAAGUGUCCCGGAUUAUGAACCUCUACCAGUUCAUCCAACUCUACAAGGACAUCACCAGUCACGCGGACAACGUCUACGCUCAGAGCAGCGCGCGCGCCCAGGAGGACGCCGAAAACCUCUCUUCUGUGUCUUCCUGCCAAGCCAGCAUCCUGAUGGGGAAGGUGAAGCAAGUUACAGACGAGGAGGAGUGCUGCAUCUGCAUGGACGGCCGCGCCGACCUCAUCCUGCCCUGCGCCCACAGCUUCUGCCAGAAAUGUAUUGACAAAUGGAGCGAUCGGAACCGCAACUGUCCAAUCUGCCGCCUGCAGGUGACCGGAAUGAACGACUCCUGGGUGGUGUCUGACGCCCCGACUAAAGAGGACGUGGCCAGCUACAUCCUGAACCUGGCGGAUGAGGUCGGGCAGCCCAAUGACACUUUGUUCUGACCGCCGGCAGACUUCUACAGACACUGCCGAGACGCGUAUUGCGCACUCCCACCGCUCGGCCUUUCCUGCGCGAAUGACGUUCAUCUGUCUCCGGGUGAAUGGAGCUCUUAUUCAGGCGCAGCGCCGACAUUAACAUUUUGAAAAAGAAGAAAAAUGAAUUUCUUGCAGUCUCCAUUCAUUUCAUGCGGCGGGGCAAGAGACUUCUUCUAGACACUACAGAUCUACUAGGACUUUGUGUGUUGGUGUGCGAGUGUUUCGUCUUUUCAUGGUGGAGCCGACUGAAUUGGAGGACGCGACCUCCCCCGCUCUCCUUGAUGAUGAAUAAUUAUGUUAUUUAAAGAUCAACUCCACUGAGAACCGGCAUGGCGGCGUUUGAGGCGGGCAGGGAUGGACUGAAUCUCCCUUCCGUUCUUUAUAUCUCUCCGGUGUUGAGACUUUGGUGCGUUUUUUUUUUUUUUGUUUUUUU